AUGCGAUACUUUUGCAAAAAGUUAAAUUAUGCGAUCGUAUCUUCUACGAAUAGCACGCCAGAAAUAUAUGGUACAAAAGCGAUAGUCAACGUUUGGGCCCCGGCGAUAGAAGAAGGAGCCAAAGAGAUGUCUGUAGCGCAGAUUUGGAUUGCCUCGGGCGAUUAUAAGAGUGAUGAUCUUAACACCAUUGAAAUAGGUUGGCAGGUUCUGCCGACGGUGUAUAGGGACAACAGGCCUAGGUUAUUCGUCUUUUGGACGGGUAAUGCAUACAAAACUGGGUGCUACAACGUCUGCUGCCCAGGUUUCAUCCAAACGAGUGGCGAUAUAGUAAUCGGAGGCCCCAUUUCUCCUGUUUCUUCACUAGGAGGUAGCCAGUCUGAAAUUACAGUCAACGUGUGGAAGGAUCGGAAAUCAGGAUGGUGGCUCAGUUUGGGGUUCAACAACAUAGUAGGAUAUUGGCCAUCAGAGAUCUCAACACUGGCUGAUCACGCAAACUACGCACAAUGGGGAGGCGAAAUUCUGAACACGCAGCGUUUAGGGCGACAUACGACAACUCAAAUGGGUUCGGGGCACUUCCCUGAUGAAGGAUUUAGGAGAAGCAGUUAUUUCCGCAACUUAGAAGUCGUUGACAACAACAACCAACUUCAGUCAAUCCCAAUCUAGAAGUUGCUAAAAAUAGCACCCAAUCCAGAAUGUUACGACGUGAGGGAUCUCUACACAGAAGAUUGGAAGACCCAUUUCUUCUACGGGGGCCAGGGUUUACUCAUUCAGAAGCGGCUCCCUUGGCAGUUGGCUCACAUUUUCUU